UUUUGCUGAAUUCGAAGAAUAUUUAGAAGCUUACAAAAUUGUAUGGAAUUAUCCAUACAGGAGAGCUAGUUCUGAAUAUCUACGAGAUAACGAAGGACGUGUGAUUGACCGCUUUAAAUAUAAAUAUAUAGUGUUUCACUGUGCGCAUUAUGGGCAUCCGCGCAAAAGAGGAGGCGGUAAGCGUCCAAAUCAGAGUUAUCUUUCAUUAGGUUGCCAAGCCAAAUUUCGUUUAAUUUCUGAUAUGACGAGUGGCUGCCUUCGAAUUUCAUCUUUUCAUGAAGAACACAAAAAUCAUGACAACACUGAGGAAGACUACUUGCGCGUUAUAAAGAGAAAGAGGAGAAGUUUAACUGAAGAAACAAUGCCGAAAUGCAACAGCAAUGAAGUAACGAUGUUAGACGCAAAUGAGUAUACAAGUGCGUCUGAAGUCUCAGAGAAUAAAUCUAUUCCCGUUUCAACUCCAGGAAAUUCCACUUCUCAAAUUUCAUCCCAAGAAAACUCUGCCUUUCAUCACGUCAUAGAAAUGACGAAAGAAGGAAUACACCUAACGUCACAACUGAAUAUAUUUUUGAUAGGUUCUAUUCUUCAGAAAAUAUUCGCAACUCCGUUAUCUGAUCGAUUACAACGCAUAGAAUAUUUGAUCGUGAGCGCUUAUAUCAUUAAUUGUGUGCGAUAUCUCCCACUAGAACUAUACCUGUCGUUUAUCCAUGGCAUAUGUGGUGCUGAUUAUCGUCUAUCGGAAUGGUCAAAUAUACAACUGAGAAAUGUUAUGGCAUUACUUCUACAACCACCAGAAAUACUGUUCAAAGGCUUGUUACCCAGCGAUAUUUCAAUAAAUGAAGUGAAACAAGUUCGACCACCAAGUAUUCAGCGCGCGAUUACGGCUAUCGGUGAGGAGAAGCUGAAAAGAUGGAGAAAGAUUUUCGCACGACUUAUCAGAAAUACUUCUGUACCAUUUUUGCGUAAUCUCUUUAUGGAUUUUUGCGAAUCCGAGAAAUUUGGUGAUGAUGUAUGA